UUUAACUCGCAGUCGUGUAUUACGAAACAUGGUCAUAACUCGCUUACAUUCAAGCGAUUAUUGCCGACGCGCUAUCUUUUACUUACCAAUUGAUACCAAUAAUUUAUCGUGUUAUCCUCAUCACAAGUCAUGGUGCACAGAGAGAGAGGCGGAACGGAAUUGAUUUGUAAAGCUUCAUGAUUAGCGACCGAUUUGUCUGGUGUUGCAUUUUUGUUCUCCAGCGUGUGUGUGUGUGUGCGACCAAUGUCAGUUUGUCAUCUCUUUUUUUCUACCUGCUCCGUCUGUACUUGAUGGCUAAUUGAUUGAUGAUUGCACGCUCUUUUAAUUGUUGCGUGGUUGUGGUGUAAACUGGCUCGGCUUGUUUUGGAUGGAUCAUUAUGUUGCGCGAAACCUCCAUUGAGAAACCACCGAGUAGUUUAUCGAGUGGAAGACGUCAUUCUAUCUUAGCAACAGCUGAUUGACAUCCGUGCUGGUCUUCUUCCUGGAGCUUCCCAUUUUUUCAUCCCUGUACUAUUUAUCCCACAUUGCCAUCCCAUUGACCUUCGGAAAAGGAAGGUCUGUUGCCUUCCCUUUCGGAGUGAUGGAAUAGGCGCUGACGGAUUGGACGUCAGCGGAGCAUCGCAACCUUCCAUUCCACCGCGAAAAUGCCUGUCAAGGAUCGCUUGACGGCGCUGAAACUGACGGCGGCCGACCGAAAUGACCCCGAUGUGGUGCCCAAAGGGGAAGUUAAAAUCGAGAUGAGCGUACAAGGGUCCUUGGAUAAAUUUUUUGAAGAGGUGGAGCUGAUGAACGGCCAGUUGGAUUCCAUUGACAGGAAUAUUGGCUUAGUCAAACAGAAGCACAAUCUGAUUUUAUCCUCUCCGGCAUCGGAUGAAAGGGAUAAAAAUGAGCUGGAACGGCUUAUGGAGCAGAUUAAAAAUACGGCAGGGAAUCUGCGGACCCAUUUGAAAAAUUUGGAAAGCUCCAUCGAGAGGGAAGAACAAACGGGUGCCGUAUCAGCUGAUCUCAGGAUAAGAAAAACCCAGCAUGCCACUUUGACCAGGAGAUUCACAACUGUGAUGUCAGAUUAUAAUAAAGCCCAGACAGAUUAUAAAGAACGCUGUAAAACAAGGAUAAAGCGCCAGCUGGAAAUAACUGGAAGACCGACCGCGGAUGAUCAGAUUGAUGAGAUGCUGGAGAGUGGCGAUCCUCAAAUAUUCACCCAAGGAAUUGUGGCCGAAUCCCAACAAGCCAAACAGGCCCUGGCCGACGUGGAAGCGCGUCACCAGGACAUUAUUAAACUGGAGAGCAAUAUUAAGGAGCUGCGGGAUAUGUUUGUCGAUAUGGCCAUGUUAGUCGAACAGCAGGUUGGUUUCCAGUUCUGUAUAGGCGGAAAAAGGCUGGUAGAGUUUUCAGUUUCAUUUAAUUAUCAUUAUAGUGUUAGAGGCACGACAGCCUGCGUGAUAGAUACGCCACUUUGCGUAUGCGUAUCACUGCACACAUGCUGAUUCGCCCUCUCUUGUACGUACGUGAGUGGCUGCACUGCACUCUCCGCCUAUGCGGAUACACCGCGGGCGCACUCACUGAGCAUACUUGCUCUCUCGCUCCUCUCUCUCGCUGUAUGACUCAGCGUAUAUUCGCUCGCGUUGGAUACGAGUCCAGUCUGCGCACUCACAUUCCGUGUGUCUGGACAGCGUGACGCCGUUGCCGCCAGCACAUUUCUUUCUCUACAUUUCAUUACGCUCUGGAACUAGCUCGCAGCAACUUGACUGCUCACUUUCCUGCCAGACAUUGGCCUUUGUUGUGUUUUUCCCCGCAUUCACGCGGCAUUUGCUCCACUUUAUUUGUACAAUAAAGUCACCUGUGAGCUCUCUGUGCUUGCCUGUCACAUGGUAAGCAGAUCGUCUGGUUUUCUGUCCACCGGAUCCUUUGAGGAGACGGUAAAGGCAUAAUUUCGCGGAGAACCUUGAAGAACCCGUGGUUGGAAACAGAUUGACUGCGAACGCAGCCUCUGCUACAACCUGGUCUUUGCUGUCUAGCGACUGUGGUAGCAACAGGUUGAUCGCAAAAGCGAUCCCUGCCACCUUCGCUUGCCCUAUCUUUUGGCUCUUCCACACAAGGAGAGCACUUCGGCUGACUGCCCCAGACGGACGAACGGGAACUUCCCCAAUCCCAACUGACGGAUCAGGCUCGGACAGUAGCCUGCAGCGCCCAGAAGGAGCCUCUCAACAAUCGGGGACCUUCGCCUUGAACGGCGACCCGCAACUCUAACGGAAAUCGACCUCCCAACGGCGGAUCACCGACCUCCACGGACACCGUAACGAACCGGUAAAGUCCUGGUUACAGGUCGACACAGGUCGAAACUAGCUAUAAUUCUUAAUUCUUAACGGCUGAAAUUUAUUUCUGAGAACUAGAAAUAAUUUUUCGAUGGUAAAAACUUAAUUUUCGUCGGAGAAACCGACCUAAAAAGU